UACAAGCUAAGCUUCUGCCCAUUAAAAUUACAAGAAAAAAAUGUUAAAAUACUAUAGUUGAAACUUGAUACAGGCUACACAACUACUUCUACCGGUCUUUCUUUAGUCAUGGAAAAUCAGCAACAACGCCGUGAAUUGACAUUCUUGCACGCCGGUGACUUUCUCGGUCGAAAUUCUAAUCGGGUAGUUGAGAAUUCAGUGGAUCAUGUUAAGCCUCCGAUCAAAGAAGUGGAUUUCUUUUCAAGCGACAAUCACUUAGCUGAUCAUGAUCAAAAGAGAAAAUAUGAAUCAUUAACUCCAUUUGAUUCCAGUAUAAACACUGGGUUAAAUCUCCUCGGUUCAAGUUCUGGAAAGCCAUCGAGAACAGCAAAUGAUGAUAAAACUCAGACUGAGCGGAGUAUGCUUCAAGCUGAGUUUGACAGGUUACAUGAAGAGAACAGAAAACUGAGAAGCUUGCUGGGCCAGAUAACAAAAAGUUGCACUGAAUUGCAGAGUCAACUAAUCUUGGCAAUGCAAAAUCAGGCACAUGGGAGUCCUCGAGAGCAGAAAGCUGAGUUGAAUGACAUGUCAAGUCUCAUAAUGUCAGCUCAACAGUUUAUGGACCCACGGUCAUCUGCUGCAUUAAACGUCAACGAGCCCUCUAUAUCCGAUAAUAAGACGCAGGAGCUGUCAAUUUCCCCGGCGAAUACAAGCGAAAUUAUAUCAAAGGAAAGUGAAAGCCCUAUGAUAAAGAUUUCUGCAGGGAAGCAAAUUACUUCUGAAGAUGGUUGUGACCAAACACCGCAUGAAGAGCAAGCUCCCGAGGCGCCUUUUAGGAAAGCAAGGGUUUCCGUAAGAGCAAGAUCAGAAGCUCCACUGAUCAGUGAUGGAUGUCAAUGGAGGAAAUAUGGUCAAAAGAUGGCCAAAGGCAACCCUUGUCCGCGUGCUUACUAUCGUUGCACCAUGGCCGUUGGGUGCCCAGUUCGUAAGCAGGUGCAGCGAUGCGCAGAGGAUAGAACAAUUCUCAUCACCACCUAUGAGGGGAUCCAUAAUCACCCUCUUCCUCCCGCAGCCACGGCCAUGGCUAGCACUACGUCGGCUGCAGCAGCCAUGCUCCUGUCUGACUCAACCACCAGCAAGGACGCUCUAACAACUUCUGGAUUCACCAAUUCUCUGCCUUAUGCUUCAACAAUGGCAACCCUCUCUGCCUCUGCACCAUUUCCCACCAUCACUCUUGACUUGACACGUAGCCACAACCCCAUGCAAUUCCUCCGCGGCCCUCCCUCAACAACCACAGUUCCUCCACCUUUUCAUGGUUUUCAACAACUUAUAGGGCAGCCAAUGUACUUGGCUCCAAAGCUACCUACUAUACCAGCAUUGCAAUUAGGUCAACAACAAUAUCCUUCCACGAUUGAGACAGUCACUGCGGCAAUUGCUUCAGACCCGAAUUUCAGAGCAGCUUUAGCUGCUGCAAUCUCAACAAUAAUGGAAACAGAUAAGAGCAAUGACGGAAAUAAUAACAGUAUUGGUGGUAACGGGGCUCCCGGGUCCCCACAGCUUCCUCAGUCUUGCACCACUUUUUCUACAAACUAGGCUACCAUCGCUAGUGUUUGGGCUUUAAUUUAUGUUGAUAUUUAUAAUUAAUACUUUUGUUCCCCAAAAGAUUCUACUGGCUCUGGGAGGAGGAAUCCUUUAUCGUUCGAGUUGUUGAUAUUAGCUGAUAGAUGAAUGGAUUCAGCAAUAACAUGGAUGAUUAGAAUGUCAUACUGACGACCUUGCUAGCUUGGAUCUGCAUGUUAGAUCAAUCCUUGCACCUCAGGGUUUCAGGUAUUGGAUAAUUACCUUUCCCUCAAGUCAACUCUGCGGUUGAUUGUUAAUAGCAUAUUGAGCCUCACAGACAAGUUUUGGCAUAUACCAGUACUUAUUUGUCAAAUUAUGAAAAGAAUAUAUAUUCCAUCUACAAAAAUGUUCAGUGAA